AUGUCCCCGCGCCUAGUACUGCCGCAACCGCUGGUGCCGGCAUCUCCUGUGCUGCCGCAGCUGUCUGGGUUGGUGCCGUUUGUGGCUUCGUCUGCUCUAUUGGUGGUGGUGCGGGCGCCUCUUCCCGAGAUGACGAGUGCCGCCCUGGCGCUCGUGGCGGUUGCCCUUGCAGAAGCCAGCCCAGGAGGGGUCCCGGGGCGCCAGGUCCCAGCCCUGCUCCGGGCCGUCUUGGCGCUGGCUGGGCUCGAAACUUCUUCCCCGCCUUCCCGCGAGCGGCGUGGACAGUCUCGCUGCUCCCGCAACCCGGUCUACUGCCCACCAGCUGGUCGUGCCCCUGCAUGUCUACGUUCGCGGCAACAGCAGACGUUCGUGCGGACACAGCGGCGGUCUGCACUGUCCCACUUCGGGCACGCGGUGGAGGGAGGAUUUAAGCCGCCGUCAGAGGCGGCUGCAGUCCCAGCAGGAGACGCUUCUUCCGCUGUCCCAGCCGGUGGUGUCGCCAACCGCGCCGUCUCCGACUCCUCCACCGCAGCAACCGCCGCAGCAGCUGCCUCAGUCUCCACAAGCAGCACAGCCCCGGGUCCAGCAGCAUCGGCAGCGUCAGAUAAAUCAGUUACUGCUACCCCAGCCUUAGCUGCAUCGGCCGCCGCCACCUCCACAGGUCCUGCUAUUUCCUCCUACCUCACCAGCUCAUCGUGCUGCUGCUCGUGUAGCCGCGACGCCCCUCCACGUCCGUAA